GGCUAAACUAGUUAAGUUAGCAAAAAAGGUAUUUAAACUGUGGAAGAUAAAAGUGCAGAAAAAUCACCAAACGGACAUCAUGUUUAAGAAGAUAACAAAAGACCAACAAGAGUUUUCAUCUUCUUCCCUAACUUCUGAGUCAUUGGAUAAUCAAACAAAGGAAACUCAGGUACGGUUAUGGUUAAAUCAAAACUAUCCCCAAGACCAGAGAAGUCAAAUAAGAUACUUAGAAAUCAGCGGAAAAGGACUAGUAGGUUCACUUGACUUAACUGAUUUU